UCUUUUUCGUUGUCGCCGGCGUCACUCUCUUGACUGACUCAGUCACCACACCACCGCUGCCAUUACGCCGCACAGGCACACACAACAAGGCAGCGCCAGAACGUUCCCCUGCAUUGACAAUCUCUUACCCUGCCGUGCCGAGAUGCCCCUAUAUCUCCCGGUGCUUUAUCGAUCUGUGUCACCCCGUGCUUUCUCCUACUCAGUUUUCCAGUAUACCUUGUCUAGCUAGGAUGGGCAGCCAGGCGACCGGCGUGCAGCCACCGGCGGCGGAGCAGACGCGGGUGUUCGACCUCCCGGAGGCGUGCGUGGCGCACGUGCUCGCGCUCACCUCCCCGCGGGACGCGUGCCGCGCCGCGGCCGUGUCGCCGUGCUUCCGCGACGCCGCCGGGUCCGACACCGUCUGGUCACGCUUCCUCCCGCCGGACUACCCCGCCAUCCUCCAGCUGCACCAGGCGCCCGCGCCGCGCCUCCUCCUCUCGCGCAACGGCACCAAGGCGUCCUCGGUGCCGGUGGCGUCGACGCCGCCGGCGACGAAGAAGGAGGCCUACCUCGGGCUCACGGACGUGGCCGUGCUGGUGGACGACGGCGGCAUGGCGGUGUGGCUGGCCAGGGGCAGCGGCGCCAAGUGCGUGGCGCUGUCGGCGAGGAGGCUCAGCCUGCCGUGGGAGGACGGCGAGUUCAGCUGGAGGUGGAUGCCACACCAUCUCUCCAGGUUCGCAGACGUGGUCCAGCUGGUAUCUUGCACGUGCCUGGACAUCUACGGCCGGCUCCCCACUGCCGCGCUGACGCCGGCCACUGCAUACGCCGCUUACCUCAUCUUCAACACUGCAGACGGCUACCGCGGCCUCAGCUUCCCAGACCAGGAGACCACGGUGAGCGUCGGCGGCCGCGCGGUGUCGCGCCACGCCGUGUGCCUCCGCCCCGAUGAUGACGAGGCGCGCAGGUUCAUCGGUGCCGACGGUGCAAACAACAUCGGCGUGCGGGGACCGAAGCUGCGGCGCGACGGAUGGUGGGAGGUGGAGAUGGGGCAGCUACGCACCGGCGACGAGGCCGUGGAUGGGGAGGAGGUGGCAGUGAGCUUCGAGGUACUCGGGUGGCACCCCAAACACGGGCUCAUCGUGGAAGGCGUCGAGUUCAGGCCUCUAUGAUCCAUUCCGGCUAGAGAACCUAGCUAACUUAAUGCAGACGUGUACAUAUCGGACUGUCGGUUCAUCUCAUCGAUGAGCUACAUAGCUCGCGGUCCGUGCAGUUUGGGAAUAGCGCUAUCAAUCAAUUUGGUACAUUUUGGACAA